AUUUUACAGGAUGUUAGUUUGAAUUCUUGCUGCUCGUCUGUCAGAUGUCUAAUGCUCUCUGUGAUCACGUGACCAUUUCUCCAUGAUGUGGAUAGUAAAAGUGUUCCCUACUACCCUAUGAAGAACUGGAAGAGAAUACACGGCUCUGAGCUCUCGUCAUGGCCGCGCUGGAGCAGUGUGACUUGUCUCUCAUGAGUCUGGAGGAUGAGCUGACCUGCAGCAUCUGUCUCAGCCCCUUUGAAUGUCCGGUGACCAUCCCCUGCGGACACAACUUCUGCCAGGGCUGCCUGCUCACCACCUGGACGGAGCCCUACAGAUGUCCCCAGUGUCGGACCCUCUUCCACACCAAACCCGAGCUGAAGAAAAACACGGUCCUCAGCACCGUGGUGGAGACCUUAAACCUGAGGAUGGUCAGGAGCGAGGUGAGCAUGUUAGCAGAGGAGGAAGAGACCAAGGAAGAGACCAAGGAAGAGACCAAGGAAGAGGCUGUCAUACGCUGUGACACCUGUAUGGAAGCAGAGGCGGCCAACACCUGCCUCACCUGCAUGGCCUCUUUCUGCGAGGAGCACCUGCGUCCUCACCGGGAGAACCCGGUGUUCCGUCUCCACCAGCUGAUUGAGCCAGUCAGGGACCUGUUGGAGCACUUGUGCCCGGACCACCACAAGCUGAUGGAUCUCUUCUGCAGCCAGCAUGUCCGCCCCAUCUGCAGCCUCUGUCUCCAGCAAAACCACAAAGGCUGCCUCUUCACUUCUCAUGAGGAGCAGAGGAAGCUCAAAGAGUCGGACCUGAAGGACAAGUUGGAGUUUCUUAAUACAAAGAUUGUGCAUAAUGAGACCAUUAUGUAUAAAAUGAGGGACAUGGAGGGAAUGUUGAAGGUCUCAGCCGCCAACAAGAAGAAAGCGUUGGUAGUCGAGUAUCAAGAGAUGCACGACUUGUUGACUCAAGAGGAGAGCAUUGCUCUGAAUGCAGUGGAUCGAGAGGUGGAGACUGGUGAAACCAAAUUGAAGCUUAUCAUGAAGAAGUUCGCUGAGAACAUCGACCACAUGAGUGGGUCUAAAGAAUAUAUCAACAAUCUGCUUAGUCAGUCGCAAACACUGGCCUUCUUGCAGGUGUCAUGUAACCUGCCUGCAGCUGCUAACUUUGACCCUUACACCCCUCGAAUCAGCCUGGACUCCAAGAAGGUGAUAGCCAGCGAGGCCUUUGCUGUGACCUUAAAGGAGCACCUGACUGAGCUGUUUAAACAGCCUGUUGAGUCCAGACUGCAGCUGAUUAAACCAGAGCCUCUAGGACAUCCGGGAUAUCCCAAGUGCCCAAGUCCAGAUCCAGGUCCACAGCCUAAAGCAGGCCCAAAGAAGAAGCCUUCAAAACAAACCAAAAAACCUCAAUCCACUGAAGACCUGGUGGGAUAUAAUCCUUUCGCCGAGUUUGGUGGGAGAGCCCCAGGUUGUCCUCCUGUUUUUCAACCCAAUCAGAAAACAGAAACUUCAGACAUUCCCGCAAACCUUGCAUGUGCAGAAAAAAGAAGUGAACUUCUGAAAUAUGCUUCAGUACUCACACUGGACCGCAAGACUGCCCACAAACGCAUCACGCUGACUGAGGAGUUUACUAAGGCCUCUGUGACAGAUGAGCAAGCAAACUACCCCAACUGCUCUCAACGUUUCGUCGUCUGCUCCCAAGUACUCGCCUCCAAGGGUUUCUCGAGCGGGCGCCACUACUGGGAAGUCCGACUGGGCUGCAACAACUUUAUCGGCAUUGGCUUGGCUUACAGCAGCAUUGACCGUAAAGGUCCCACCAGUCGCCUGGGCCGCAACGCCCAGUCCUGGUGUGUCGAAUGGUUUAACGUCAAGCUGUCCGCUUGGCAUAACAGCCAUGAAACCGUGCUGUGCGAUCCCAAUCCAAAGCGCGUAGGUGUGCUGUUAGAUUGUGAGGGGGGCAAGGCUACAUUCUUCAACGUGGCAGAUAGGGCAUAUCCCUUCCACACGUUUGACUUACCUUUGCUGAAGCAGUGUAUCCAGCUUUCUGGAUGUUCUCCAGUGGUUCAUCCAUUACUUUGUGCAAGCUGUAGGGAUGUGGAGUAUAUUGUCAUAAUUACACACACACACAAUCAGCCCCUUGAUGUCAUUACUGAAAUUAAUAUCACAAUAGUUACGUUAAACAGUUUGUCUAUAAAUGUAUGUUAAAGAAAAUUGAUAAUUAACAAAUGUAAGAGGCCGACAUGCUUCAAUAGCCUCCAAACUUAAAAGUAGAACCA